AUGUCAGCCUCAGGAGGUCCUAGAUUGAGGUCUAUGAAUGUUGCUGACUCAGAAGCAAGGCCUGUGUUUGGUCCUGCUGGAAAUAAGACAGGCUCUUAUAGUUCUAGGAAAGAUGCUUCAAAGCCACUGAGGAAGGCUGAGAAAUUGGGGAGCGAUGUUGAUUUGGCCAGAGAAAAGAAAGAUGCUUCUUCUCAGUCACAUUCUUCCAGUGUUUCUUCAGUGCUGCGCCGACACGAGCAGUUGUUGCAUUCUAAUUUGUCUAUGAAUGCUUCGUGUUCCUCUGACGCGUCUACUGAUUCAUUUCAUAGCCGGGCUUCUACUGGAAGGUUGACUCGGUCUAAUAGCUAUGGUUUUACAAGGAAGCGGUAUGUGUCGAAGCCAAGGAGUGUUGUUUCUGAUGGUGUGUUAGAAUCCCCUCCUCCUGAUGGCGCACAAUCCAAGAAGAGGUGUGCUUGGAUCACUCCUAAUACUGAGCCAUGUUAUGCUACUUUCCACGAUGAAGAAUGGGGAGUUCCAGUACAUGAUGACAAGAAACUGUUUGAGGUUCUUGUUCUUUCGAGUGCUCUCUCUGAACUCGCUUGGCCAGCUAUUCUAAGCAAGAGACACAUUUUUAGGGAAGCUUUUGUUGACUUUGAUCCAGUUGCUGUCUCGAAAUUAAAUGAGAAGAAGAUGUUGGCACCAGGAACUUCUGCAAGUUCCUUACUCUCCGAUCUGAAAUUGCGUGGAAUAAUUGAGAAUGCACGCCAAAUAUCAAAGGUCAUAGAAGAGUUUGGGUCAUUUGACAAUUACAUUUGGAGUUUCGUGAACCACAAACCUAUAGUUAGCAAAUUUCGAUAUCCUCGACAGGUUCCUGCUAAAACACCAAAAGCUGAAGUUAUUAGCAAAGACCUGUUGAGAAGAGGUUUCCGUGGCGUGGGUCCCACUGUCAUAUACUCCUUCAUGCAGGUUGUGGGGUUAACUAAUGACCACCUCAUCGGUUGCUUCAGAUUUCAGGAAUGUGUGGCUGCAGAAGGGAAGGAAGAAAAUUCAAUCAAGGAUGAUGCUCAACCAAAGGCAUGUGAUAGUGUGAUGGAAUCUGAUCUUUCCAUUGCCAUUGAUAAUUUGAGUUUGUAUGAAUCACAGUAA